AUGGCUGCUGUAUUCGUGCCGCCGUCCCCCCAGACCUCCCUGAACAUGUCCACUCGCCGUCCACUCGCCAACGUGCCGAAUGCAACCAACUCCCCCCAUAGAGCCGGCCUCGUGCCGGCCAAACGAGUUCGCUCUAAUCAGAUAGAGAUUCCUUAUGGCCAGCCACCACCAAAGAAGCAGGUGAUGGAAGCAGCGGAGCAGGAUAUGCGAUCGCCAACUCGAAGCCGAUCGACUACCUUCCAGGGCCCCGAUUCGAAGCUUUUUGCUCGCCGGUCUAACAAUGCCAACCCCAGUGCUUUCGAGAAGAAGCUGGUCGCUGCUAGGGACAGGGAUCGUCAGCCGCAAGUGAAGAGUGCAAAGGGCGAGAAGCAAUCUGCAGAUACUAUCGAUACAAUUCGUCAAUGGCAACGGCAUUACCGCAAGGCUUUCCCGCAGUUUGUCUUCUACUUCGACACUAUCCCAGAAGAUGUUCGCCGCAAAUUCUCUCGACAGGUUAUCGCUCUUGGAGCUCGCGAAGAGAAAUUCUUUUCACGACUCGUCACUCAUGUUGUGACCUCCCGUCCGAUCCCUGUCGAGGUUGCUGCCACUAGCCCGACUGAAUUAGAGGCAGAUGGGGCCAAUGGCGAUGCUCAUAUGCAAACCGUUAACCCUUCUCUCCUUGAGAAGAAUGUCGACAACCAUCUACCUGCAUCAUUGAAGAACGACCAUCGCCGUGAUCAAGGAAGCAUGGAUGUCCUCCAGAGAGCUCGACAAAUGGGCAUGAAAAUUUGGGCAUUGGAAAAACUACAACGUAUGAUAGUUACCAUCAAUGACAGCGGGUAUGCCCAGGCCGAUGGCGCAGCUCGAGGAAAGGUCGCCAUUGGAAAUCACGCCAACCCCCGGGGCGAUGACCUGUCGCGUGUUCUCCGCCAGGAGUUGUUGAAUGGCCCUUCGGAUCGUGACCCUUUAUCAUCGAUGGAGAUGAUCAUGUUCAAGGGUCCUUUUAUUUACAUUCACGACAUGAACGAAAAGACGAAGCCUGUAAUGGUUCGAGAAUACUCACGUGUGGCGAGACGCCAGGAUGGAACUUGGCCGCAAUUCAGAAGUGCACCACUCGGCAAAUGCCCGUUCGUCGAUGAACCCCCAAGCAGAAAAGAGUACGAUAGACAGCGGAUGCGACAGGCCAAGAGGGAAAAGAAACGUGAACAACCUGCAGAGGAAUCCCGCCCCAAGAUCCCACACAACUUUGACGAUCAGACAGUUGAUGCCAAAGUUGACGACACAGAGCAGAUCAAACCGCAAUCCACGGAGGACGAGAAGGUGUCUUCAAAGACAGAGAUAUCCGCCAAGCUUUUCCCCGAUGAGACUCAUGAACGCAAGAGCUCAGAAAGUUUCAUCCCACCUCACUUCCCUCGCACUGGGCCUUUUUACACAGGUCGUGAGCCAGCAGCAUCCGGUGUACAACCGUCCAAUGUCACGUCGGCCAUCCGAUCCCAAAUGAUCUCAUCAACUGCUGCCGCGCCCGGUGCAAAAGCAGGUCUAAGCAAAGAAGUCCACGGCUUGAAGAGAAAGGUUCUUGAAAAGGGGACGGGCAGCUUUGCCCUUGGAUCCAUGGCUGCUCCCCAGCGUCCACUAAAUGGGUUAGCGAUGCACCCAAAGACUCAACACACUUAUGAUUCGAAUCAAUCUGCACCCGAGGCCCGUAACAUUCAUGAUGUUGACUCGAAUCAGUCAGAAGGAGGCGGUACGAAACGCCGCCGGGAAGACAGCCGCGACGCAGAGCAGAAGAAAUCGGAACGGCGAAGAGAUCCCAAGCCUGGAUACUGCGAGAACUGCAGGGAUAAAUUCGACGACUUUGAGGAGCAUACAUUGACUCGCAAGCAUCGCCGUUUUGCACAGAACGCGUCUAACUGGGCUGAGCUCGAUGCUCUGCUACAUGAAAUUCAACGUCCUCUCAAGCAUGAAUACGAUUUUGAAGAGUAA